AUGUCGGUCCUGAUGGUCACGAGCGUGGGCGACAUCGAGCUGGAUCUCCACACCGACCUGUGCCCCCUCACCACCAAGAACUUCCUCAAGCUCUGCAAAAUGAAGUAUUAUAAUGGGUGUCUGUUCCACAAGGUCGAGAAGGAUUUCUUGGCACAAUCUGGAGACCCGACUGGAACUGGCAGUGGUGGUGAUUCCGUGUACAAGUACCUUUAUGGUGAUCAAGCUCGAUUUUUUAAUGAUGAGAUCCGUGCAGAAUUAAGACACUCAAAAACUGGCACUAUUGCCAUGGCAAGUGCUGGUGAGAAUUGCAAUGCCUCACAGUUCUACAUCACCUUGCGGGAUGAUGUCGAUUACCUUGACGACAAGCACACGGUCUUUGGGACAGUUGCUGAAGGUCUUGACACACUGACAAAGAUAAAUGAAGCAUACGUUGAUGAUAAAGGAAGACCGUUUAAGGACAUAAGGAUUAAACAUACAUAUAUCUUGGAUGAUCCUUUUGAUGAUCCUCCUCAGCUUGCUGAACUUAUUCCUGAGAAUUCUCCAUUGGGAAAGCCACGUGAUGAGGUUGCAGAAGAGCGCCUAGAGGAUAGCUGGGUCCCUCUAGAUGAAACAGUGGAUCCUGGUCAGCUUGAGGAGCUGAUCCGCUCUAAAGAAGCACAUGCUAAUGCAGUGAUCCUUGAGAGCGUUGGAGACAUUCCAGAUGCUGAGGUCAAACCACCAGAUAAUGUUUUAUUUGUUUGCAAACUCAACCCAGUGACACAGGAUGAAGAUUUAUAUACAAUCUUCUCGCGUUUUGGAAGUGUGACAUCAGCUGAAAUAAUUCGUGACUUCAAGACUGGGGAUAGUUUAUGCUAUGCUUUCAUUGGGAAUCUUGGUUCCAGUUUGUCAAUCGAACAGUUGCAUAGGUCUGGCCAUUUAGGCCUACAAUAUGGUCGAUGGGAAUUCGAGGCAAAGGAGGCAUGCGAACGUGCAUAUUUCAAGAUGGAUAAUUGCCUGAUUGAUGAUCGGAGGAUCCAUGUUGAUUUUAGCCAAAGUGUUUCAAAAUUGUGGGGUCAGUUCAGACAAAGUAAACGAAAUGGAAAUAAAGAUGGUUGCUUCAAGUGUGGUGCUCCAGAUCACAUAGCCCGAGAUUGUGACCAGGAUGGUGAGCAGAAACCUAAAGCCCCAAAUUAUGUUCUGAAAGAUGAUAACACUCAGCGAGGCGGGAAUAACCGUCGAAGUUAUGAUUUCGUCUUUGAGGAUGAUACUGCUCAUCGGAAUACUGACCGAAGAAAGGUUCAAAAAGUAGAUGACCAGAGAUCGCAGCUACCGCCUCGUGGCGACCGCGAUAGGAACAGCAGCAGGGAGAGAAGUCAGACCGACGAGAAAGGAGGCCGGCAAAGCAAAGAGGGUGUUGUGAGCCGAGGAGGUCGGAGGCCAGAAGACCACCACAGUCACGACAGAUCUGGUGGUCGAGGCUCUGGUAGGCACGACGACCGUGACUACAGCAAGCAACAUAGCAGGAGCAGAAACAUGGAUGGCGGUGAAGAAGACUACAAACGGAGAUCAGGAGCUGGUCGAUACGACAGGGAUGAUAAGCCCGACGGUGACCGGCGCCACCGGGACGAUGAUGACCGUGGGAAGGGCGAUCGUCACAGGAGAGACGAGCGUGACCGCAGGGCACGGAGCCCUGAUGCUGAUAGACAUAGAAGGGAAGACGCCGGACACCGCGAGGUCAGCAGGCACAGGGAGAGGCGGCACCGGGAUGAUAGAUAG